GGGGCGGGGCUCCCGCACUUUCUGGGCCGGAAGCGCCGGCGCCGCAGCCCCCGGCCCGCAGCCCCCGCCGGUCCCCGCCGAGGGCGCGCCGCGCAGACAUGGCCAAGUGGGGCCAGGGCGACCCGCGCUGGAUCGUGGAGGAGCGGGAGGACGGCACCAACGUGAACAACUGGCACUGGACAGAGCGGGACGCCACCAGCUGGUCCAAGGGGAAGCUCCGAGAGUCCCUGGUGGGUAUCGUGGUGGAGAAUGAGGCUGGGCGCUGCCAGAUCAGUGACCUGAAGCAGGUGGAAGGCGAGGCUUCCUGCAGCAGCCGCAAAGGGAAGCUGAUUUUCUUCUACGAGUGGAACAUCAGACUGGGCUGGAAAGGUAUAAUUAAAGAAUCUGGUGCAAAGCACAAGGGAUUGAUUGAAAUACCCAACCUUUCUGAAGAAAAUGAAGUAGACGACACGGAGGUGAAUGUGAGUAAAAAGAAAGGAGAUGGGGAUGUACUGAAGGAUCUUAUGAAAACUGCAGGCACCGCCAAGGUCAGGGAGGCCCUUGGAGAUUACCUGAAGGCACUUAAGACGGAAUUUACAGUGGGAAUGAUUUUACCAACCAGAGCAACCGCAACUCAGGAAUUGACUGUUAAAAGGAAACUGAGUGAGAACACCUUACAGAUUCAGGUGCCACUGGGUGUCAGGAUCCCCACUGUGGCGCUGCACAUGACGGAGCUGUUCGACACAGGUGUAGAGCGGCUGUAUAGCAUCUUCACUGUGAAAGAGUUGGUGCAGAAAUUUUCUAAAUCUCCUGCCAUAUUAGAAGCUGAAAAGGGAGGGAAAUUCCAGAUGUUUGAUGGGAAUGUCACCGGUGAAUAUAUAGACCUGUUAGCAAAUGAAAAGAUUGUCAUGAAAUGGAGAUGUAGGAACUGGCCAGAAGAACACUAUGCCACAGUUGUACUGAAUUUUGUGCCUACUCCAGGGCAAACGGAAUUACAGUUGGACUGUAAAGGAGUUCCUGUCUGUAAAGAAGAGAACAUGAAAUUCUGUUGGCAGAAGCAGCAUUUUGAAGAAAUAAAAGGUUUACUGCAGCUGACCACUCUAAGUGGUUGAAUUAGAAGAUUUUACAAGAGCAUUACUUUUUUUAAGCAGAAAGUUACUUGUUCCCUAUCAUUUCUUUUAAAAAAGGAAAACAGAAAUCUUAAUUUAUAUUGGAUGAGAUCCAUGAACUUUUACAGAAUUUAAAGCAUUGCUUGAAUCUUGACUACAAGUAAGAAAUAGCAAGCAACCUGAAAUUAAGUACUUAACCUUACCUCCCAUAGAUGCUCCUCUGGGAAUACCUUGAAUUCCUGAGUACAGAUGUAGUUUCCUAGCCUAAAGUUUGUCCUUGUAGCAAGCUUACUUUCUGCUGUAGUUUUAGUUCAGGAAGACAAGAGUAAGUGGCAUGUUGAUGUCAUUCCUUUAUUUACUUCAGGGUUUCUAAGGUAGGUAGCUCUUAGGUUAGUGAAACAGUGGCAUGUUGCACUCAGAAGCAUGUUGAAGUGAGAGGAGUUGGUUGUAUUGUCACACUUCUCCCUGCAGCAGUAAGCAUUACAGGGUGGAAAGACUGAAAAGUCUAUGGGAAUGAGUUACUUUUGGACUGCCACUAACACGACGAAAUAGAAUACAACCGGUAAGUGCUUCCCCCAUUCACAGUUUUCUCAUUACUUUCACCUGAGAAGACUGAAGCAACGUAUGUAAACAAAUUAAAAGUAAUCACAAUCAGUUUAAUUAAGUGCACAGAAUAGCAAUCAGUCAUGUCAAUAAAAAUAAAACAAUUAUUUUUACAUCAAGUGUGCUUUAUUUCCUCCACAGGUAUUCUGUUAAAUAAAGCACCAUUUAUAUACUGCCAGGCCACAGCUAAAGAGGAUUCUUUACAGAAUCAAAUUUCUUGUGGUUGUUCCGUAUACAAGUAAACUUAAUUUUGAUAAUAAGAACCACAGCGAUCGGAGGCAAUCUGCCUCUAUUAUAAGGUACAAAACUGGCACAGAAGACACCAUAUUAUACACAGUAAAAAUGCUGUAAGUUUAAAUUACAUUGUACAGGGCCAGGGAACCCUGUUCCUCCCAGACAGCCAUAUUAAAUGAAAGCCACUACAGUGAACUCUUAAUUACAUAAAACAUAUCCAUUAUCUGAUUGCCCUUUAGAAAGUAUACUGAAGAUGCAAAUUUUUUUUCAUCUGGAGUUCUGCCUGACCAAGAAUUAAGCCUAUAAAUCUAUCUUGCCAUUCAAGCAGAGAGCACUGGACAAACUGAAGCACAAAAACAGAAAUAAGCAAAACUUAUACAAACAGCAUUGGGGAGCAGGGGACCUUAAAAGUAGACAUGCUACAUCCAAUGUCAAGAAGCAGCUUGGUUUCCUUUGCCAGAUAUCCUUAUGACCACGUGAAUUGUUGACUCAAUGGUUCUGCACAGGGUAUCUAAAAUGUCGUGUUGCUGCAUGUGACUCAAGAGUCCUCUGGAAUGGCCACAACUGAGUGACAGAGCAGCCUCAGGGUCCUGGGAGGGCAGAGGUUGACCAUCACAGCUUCUCAAGUCGGCUAAGUCAGACAGAACGGCAGAGAUAGAAGUAGAAGGGAACUCUGAUUCGUCCUCAGCUAAGUUGGAAUCCUUGGGACAGUGGAGGUCUUUCAACUCUUUACACUCUUCAAACCUACCACUGUUGGACUGUUCUUCUGUGUGCUGUGACCUGAUAUUUGACAUGUCUUCUGAAAAUGAAGAGGGAACUUCCAUUCGGUAUUCUUUAACAGAACUAUUUUCAGGGGAAGGAAGAUCUUGCUCAGUUCCUGGAUCAAUAAUUGAGGAGUCUCUCGUCUCAUUGUCUGAAGUGCUGGUUGGGGUCAGGACCUCCCUGGUGUCUGUUUUUAUGUCGCUGAUGCUGUCUGCAGUGUGCUCCUCAUCACUGCUGACACGCCUUCUUUUAACAGGCGUCGCCCCUUCAUCAUCUGUGAAGACAUCAAAACGAACUUCUGUGAAAGGAGCCAUUAAGAUCACACUGAGGGAGGGGUGUUUAUGGAAAUUUCCUUUACAGCAUUCACAUUGAGGAGGCCCAUGUGAACAGAGCUAUUGUAUGGUCAGUUACACCAAGUGUAUUCCCUCCUCCCACCCUAAAGUUAAUUCUGGUCUAUAAAACUAACCUUUAGUUUU